AUGUCGCACCGUAAAUUUUCGGCGCCAAGACAUGGUCAUAUGGGAUUCACCCCAAAGAAGCGUUCACGCACUUUCCGUGGAAGAAUAAAGGCUUUCCCAAAGGAUGACGCCAGCAAGCCAAUCCAUCUUACCGCUUUCCUCGGAUACAAGGCCGGUAUGACCCACAUCGUUCGUGAUGUCGACAAGCCAGGAUCGAAGGUCAACAAGAAGGAAGUCGUUGAAGCCGUCACCAUCGUCGAGACCCCACCAAUGGUCAUCGCCGGAGUUACCGGAUACAUCGACACCCCACACGGACCACGUGCUCUUACCACCAUCUGGGCUGAACACUUGUCCGAGGAAGCUCGUCGUCGUUUCUACAAGAACUGGUGAGUUGAAGUUUUUGUUGAAUUUUGAAUCCGUCUAGCCACCUGCUAUGAGAUUUCGUGAUUCAAAUUCUGUAUUUGCAGUCGCAUUUCUUAUUCGGUUCCCUUCCGCUGUACUAAUGUACAUGAAGGUUAUCGAACUGGGUGGCUAAUGCGUUAAUAACGCUAAAAAGGCACUUGGUUCGUAAUCGUAAUAUGAAAAUACAGGGCUGCCUCCAAGAAGAAGGCUUUCACCAAAUACGCCAAGAAAUGGCAAGAUGAAGAUGGAAAGAAGCUCAUCGAGUCCGACUUCAACAAGCUCAAGAAAUACUGCUCGUCAAUCCGUGUCAUCGCCCACACACAGGUUUGUAAAAGUGAUUAUAAAAUCUGACAGUUUUUAAUUGUUCAUUGUUUUCAGAUGAAGGUCCUCAACCGCCGCCAAAAGAAGGCUCAUUUGGUCGAAAUCCAAAUCAACGGAGGAACCGUCGCUCAAAAGGUCGACUGGGCUCGUGAACACCUCGAGAAACAAAUCCCAGUUGACACCGUCUUCUCUCAAGAUGAGAUGAUCGACACCAUCGGUGUUACCAAGGGUCACGGAUUCAAGGGAGUCACCAGCAGAUGGCACACCAAGAAGCUUCCACGUAAGACACACAAGGGUCUCCGCAAGGUCGCUUGUAUCGGAGCUUGGCAUCCAUCCCGUGUCGCCUUCACCGUUGCUCGUGCUGGUCAAAAGGGAUUCCAUCACAGAACCCACGUCAACAACAAGAUCUACCGCAUCGGAAAAUCUGCUCUCACCGAAGCCGGAAAGAACAACGGAUCCACCGAUUUCGAUCUUACCCAAAAGACCAUCAACCCAAUGGUGAGUUUAUAUUUCUGAUUAAUUGUUCAAUGACGAGAUUGUCUGCAAUUCGUACUCUGUAUGGCGACAUUAACCUAUCCGAGAACAACGAAAUUUUUAUUUUCCUAAUAUUUACAAAUAUUCAAUGUUAAUUUUUCAGGGAGGUUUCCCAAGAUACGGAUUGGUCAACCAAGACUAUCUUAUGAUCCGUGGAGCUGUUCUCGGACCAAAGAAACGUUUGAUCACCCUCCGCAAGUCCCUCAUCACCCAAACCAAGAGAUUCGCCCACGAAAAGAUCAACCUCAAGUGGAUCGACACCUCUUCCAAGACUGGACACGGUCGCUUCCAAACCACCGCUGAGAAGCGCGCAUUCAUGGGAAAACUCAAACGCGAUUUCCUCGCCGAGGCUGAAGCCAAGGCUUAA